AUGGUCCCCGGGGCCCCCAGCACGACCACCACCAUGCUCCCCGCCUCCGAGGCUGCCAAGAUAUACCAGACCAACUACGUGCGCAACUCCCGCGCCAUCGGCGUCCUGUGGGCCAUCUUCACCAUCCUCUUCGCCAUCGUCAACGUGGUGUGCUUCAUCCAGCCGUACUGGAUCGGAGACGGCGUGGACACCCCGCAGGCGGGCUACUUCGGUCUGUUCCACUACUGCAUCGGGAACGGGCUGUCCCGGGACUUGACCUGUCAGGGCAGCUUUACCGAGUUCAGCGCCAUCCCGUCUGGUGCGUUCAAGGCCGCCUCCUUCUUCAUCGGCAUGUCAAUGGUGCUGGUCCUCACCUGCAUCGGCUGCUUCGCGCUCUUCUUCUUCUGCAGCACCGGCACCGUGUAUAAGAUCUGCGGCUGGAUGCAGCUGGCAGCAGGUACAUGUCUGAUUCUGGGCUGCAUGAUCUACCCAGACGGCUGGGACAGCGACGAGGUGAAGCGGAUGUGUGGCGAGCAGACUGAUAAGUACACGCUGGGGGCCUGCUCGGUGCGCUGGGCCUACAUCCUCGCCAUCAUGGGCAUCAUGGACGCUCUCAUCCUCUCCUUCCUGGCCUUCGUCCUGGGAAACCGUCAGGACAGUCUGAUGUCUGAGGAGCUGCUGGGAGACAGUAAGAGGAUAAUGCCUUCACGGUUCAUAAGAGCGGCAAUAACGCCAUAUAGCAUCUGGUAA